UGAUACCGUGAGACUUCUUCAAAAAAGGAAGCAGCUUUGGUUUGCUGCAGAUCGGGGUUAGGUAUAGAGAAGCAAGCAAAGCUAGAAAGAAGAAACGGCGAGAAGUUUGUGAUUGUUGAGGCGAAACAACACGGAAUCUGAGAGGAGAGGAGAAGACAAAAAAAAAGAUUGAGGAGAGAGAGAGGAUCGGUUUCGUGGCUGAAAGAAAAAAAAAAUCGGGGAAAAAGAGAGAGAGAUUUAUCAAACAGUGCCUGAAUUACGCUGUGUAAUCAAUACAGACAUAACCGUCCGUUGUGUCCUGUUAAAAAAGAAGAGAAAAGUUUUUUGCUUUUAUUUCCUUUGAUGGCUCUUUUCUUUCUUCUCUCUCGUGUUUCUUUCAUGGGGUUAAGAGUAGUGUUUAGCGCGUGAAGGUUUUUUUUAUAGUUUAUUUUCUCUCCUCCUCUUCUUCUUCUCUUCUUCUUCUUCUUCUUCUUCUUCUGCUUCUUCUUCUCUUGUUUUCAUCUGGGUUCUUCAAUGGCGAAUGUAGAUGGGGAUGAUUUCAGAAAUUCCUCGCCAAGGUCUUAUCAGGAUCAGCUGUACACAGAGCUAUGGAAAGCUUGUGCAGGUCCAUUAGUGGAGGUUCCUCUUGCUGAAGAGAGAGUUUUCUACUUCCCUCAGGGUCACAUGGAACAACUUGUGGCUUCAACUAAUCAGGGAAUUGAAUCAGAAGAAAUACCUGAUUUUAAUCUUCCUCCCAAGAUACUUUGUCGAGUUCUUAGUGUGAUGUUAAAGGCGGAGCAUGAAACAGAUGAAGUUUACGCUCAGAUCACAUUACAACCAGAGGUUGAUCAAAGUGAACCCACACCUCUCGUUGAACCGACAAAACAAAUGUUCCAUUCGUUUGUUAAGAUUCUAACGGCUUCAGAUACAAGCACUCAUGGUGGAUUCUCUGUUCUUCGUAAACACGCCACUGAAUGCUUGCCUGCCUUGGACAUGACACAAGCUACUCCUACUCAAGACCUUGUGACUAGAGAUCUUCAUGGGGUUGAAUGGAGGUUUAAGCAUAUAUUCAGAGGACAACCUAGGAGGCAUUUGCUUACCACAGGUUGGAGUACAUUUGUAUCCUCGAAAAGACUUGUAGCUGGAGAUGCUUUUGUGUUCUUGAGGGGUGAGAAUGGGGAUUUAAGAGUCGGAGUUAGGCGUUUAGCUCGGCAUCAGAGCACGAUGCCUACUUCGGUUAUCUCGAGUCAGAGCAUGCAUUUGGGAGUUCUUGCUACAGCUUCUCAUGCUGUGCGUACACAAACACUCUUUGUUGUGUUUUACAAGCCUAGAAUAAGCCAAUUCAUAGUAGGAGUGAACAAGUAUAUGGAAGCUAUGAAGCAUGGAUUUUCUCUCGGUACCCGAUUCAGAAUGAGAUUUGAAGGAGAAGAGUCUCCUGAGAGGAUAUUUACGGGUACGAUUGUGGGAACUGGAGAUCUAUCUUCGCAAUGGCCAGCUUCUAAAUGGAGAUCAUUGCAGGUCCAAUGGGAUGAGCCAACAACAGUUCAGAGACCAGACAAAGUCUCACCAUGGGAGAUUGAGCCUUUCUUGCCAACUUCCCCAGUUUCAACACCUGCACAACCGAAAUGCAAGCGGUCAAGACCCAUCGAAUCCUCGGUUUUGACUCCAGCUCCAGCUAAUUUAUUGUACAGCUUCCCUCAGAGCCAAGAUCCCACCAAUGCAUCCCUUAAACUGUUCCAAGAUCCAUCAACUGAGAGAAAUCCAGGUGGAUUUGCUAUAAACAACAGCUUCAAAGCUGACACUCCUACUCCUGCGAGUUGUUGCUACAGGCUGUUUGGAUUUGAUCUCGCAAGCAGUCCUCCUGCUCUUAUCCCUCCAGAGAAGCAAUCGCUCGAUACUUCUGCAGUGGCCAAGUGUCAAGAACCCAUCACUCCAAACGCAAGUAAUGAGCAGAAGAAGCAACAAACAUCGAGGACUCGAACCAAAGUGCAAAUGCAAGGGAUUGCUGUUGGUCGUGCGGUUGAUUUAACGCUGUUGAAAUCAUAUGAUGAGUUGAUUAAAGAGCUUGAGGAGAUGUUUGAGAUCCAAGGACAGCUUCUUUCUCGAGACAAAUGGAUAGUUGUCUUCACAGAUGAUGAAGGAGAUAUGAUGCUUGCUGGAGAUGAUCCAUGGAAUGAGUUUUGCAAGAUGGCGAAGAAGAUAUUUAUAUAUUCGAGCGAUGAGGUUAAGAAAAUGACAACGAAAAUGAAGAUUUCUUCGUCGUUAGAGGAUGAAGAAAGUAUGGAUUGAUAAUCGUCAUUAUGGAUCUAGUGUAUUAGGUGUGAGAGUUUAGCUAUAUAUUAAGGUUAUUCGGCGACGUCGUUUUUUAGCAACUUUGGGUCGUAAGGGUCUUUUAUUUAGGUUUGUAUAUAAAGAAUCUCAUGGUCUUGGACCUUAGUUUUCUUUUCUAGUCAAUUUUCAAGUUGGCGAUUAAAUAUUUUGGUUUGGGACAGUGGUUGAUGGGUCGAUUCAGACUUUUACGUUUGUUGUG